GAUCAUUGGUUCACUACUUGGUCGAGAGGCGUUAAGGAUGUUGUUGCGAAUAAUAGCUGCUCUCUGCUGUUGCAGUUUAGCGUUGUCCCAGAUUGCAGAUUGGGGAUGGGAAGACACGACACCACUUGAUGAAUACGUAGCUCGUCCCGAACCCGUCUACUCCUAUCGCUUAUUGAGCACUGUUCGCUAUGACGCCAUAAACGAAGGCGUUGAAGACUGCACGGUCCAUAUUCUGAACAUGACGUCUCAAACCUGGCAAAACAGCGAGGUUACAUCAGUCAGUGUCUGGUCUCAUCACCUAGCUAUAGUUAUACCUGCAGUGUCCGAAUCUGGGAUACUUCAUUCAUGCGAGGUUACAUCAGUCAGUGUCUGGUCUCAUCACCUAGCUAUAGUUAUACCUGACAGUGUCCGAAUCUGGGAUGCAUCAUUCAUGUUUAUCGGCGGUGGGAGGCAAACAGAUGCCCCUCCAGAUCCAGAAACUGAUGUAUUCCUUGACGCAGUGGCAGAAGUCGCAGUCAGAAUGGGAAGUGCGGGAGCAUACCUUAAACAGAUUCCCAACCAACCCAUGAACUUGUAUCAAUCGAAUCGUCCCGAGAUGAGGCGCACUGAAGAUGCGUUGAUUGCGUGGACUUGGCGACAUUGGAUUGAAACUAACCAGUCUGACCCAACAAUGGUGCUACAGUUCCCUAUGGUCAAGUCUGCGAAAAUGGCGUUCGAUACAAUCUUCUCGUAUACUAAGAGUGUCAACCCUCAAUUCAACAUUGAUAAAUUCAUGCCUGCUGGUGGAUCAAAACGAGGCUGGAUCACGUGGUUGAUUGGAUGCGUUGACCGUAGAGUUGUUGCCAUGAGUCCUAUGGUUCUCUCAAUUCUAAAUAUGGUUGAGACUCUUGGUCAUCAUUACCGUGCAUAUGGAGGAUGGUCGUUCGCUUUUAUGCCAUAUUGGAAUGAGAAUGUUACCCAGCAUUUGUAUCACCCGAACACACAGACACUUGCUAACCUAAUUGAUCCAUUUAGUUAUCGCAGACGUAUGACAAUGCCAAAGGUUGUAGUUCAAGCCACAGCUGAUGAAUUCUUCAGACCUGAUGAGCCCAACUUCUGGUUCAACCAAUUGGUGGGACCAAAGUAUCUAAAAUUAAUGAGAAAUGCCCAACAUGCCCUCGUUGGCAGCUAUGACAACAUAAUAGACUCCCUGGUGGCUAUGUACAAAGCUAUGGAUGAGAAUCAGCCGCUACCAGAUUUUAGAUGGGAACUCACACAGGGAACUGAGACUGGUCGAACAACCGUGUACACUAACACACAACCACAAGCUGUCCGUGCAUGGUACGCUCAAUCUGCCGACGGGGAAUUUGGAGCCGAGCGAAGAGAUUUUCGAUGGUUUGUAAGGAGCUCUGAAGACCCGAAUGAGGUUGACCUGAAUCUAGUCCUUUGGGAUGAAAGCACCGAUGUCGUAGAGGUUGUGCCCGGUCAGGAGUAUUAUGUAGAAUUUAAUAGACCUGCCACCGGCUGGCUUGGCUUUUUCAUAGAGCUUGAGUUUGUUCUGAACAACUCUGAAGCUAGCGUUUUUGAAGUAACAACAGAACUGAACGUGGUGCCCAAUACUUGGCCUUUUCCAUUCUGCACCAGUCCUGAGGAAUGUACGGGAAGGAUUGUGUAGAUACUAAGUACCUGGUUUGGUCAUAUUUAAAAUUGAAAUGAAGAUUUUGAAAUAAAUCAAAGCAUAGUCUAAGUUGUUAAAUUAA